AUGUCAACCCCUACUCCUACUCCUAGUGGCAACAGGACCUAAACCCAAGAAAAACCUAUCAGAGUCAGCGAUGACCCUCUUGAGUUUAGACAGUUUUACUUCAAUUACGCUAAGUACCACUACAAUCCAACGAACAAACUUAUCCAUUUGAUCUUCAUCCCCUAGAUUAUUUUCACAAUCUGGGCUCUGCUGCAUUACGCACCUUCUUACACAUUUGUCGUCAGCAACUAUGAAGUGACUAUUGACAUUUCAUUGGUAGUAAUAACUAUUGUUAGUAUGAUAUUCUCUCUGGUCGAUACACUUAUCGCAUUUGGAUGCUUGACAGGUGGUCUUACAUUGUAUUUCAUAAGUUUGUACUUAUAUGUGAAUGAUGAAGAGAUAUUCGGUGGUAAUCACUUGAAGGUUAUGCUUGCAAUUCACAUUGUUAGCUGGAUUUUCUAAUUCAUAGGGCAUGGCAUUUUUGAAAAGAGAGCUCCAGCCCUCUCAGAAAAUGUCUUCCUACUAUUCCUUGCUCCAUUUUUUGUUAUAUUAGAGGUACUUCACUUUUUUUUCGGAUAUAGAGACAAGGAAAUAAAGGAGACCAAUAUUAUCAUUGCAAAAGAGAUAGAGUAGUUCAGAAGAUUGAAGAAAGCUAAGGCUAGUCAAUGA